AAAUAUUGGCUGAAGUAGUCGUGCGAUCGGUUUGUUUGCUGCCUUUAAUUUACUUUCGUUUGCAAGUUUUUAUAGUGGCAGUUUUCAAUUUCACUUCCAGCGCGGUACACGUUGUUUUUUGUUGGCAUCACAGGACUAAAAUUCAAAUAAAAUGGGCGUAGAAUCCUUACAACAGCCGACAUAUGUUCUCGAGCCACAGCCGAUUCGAUGGACAAGAAGUUGCUUAAAAAAAUUGAAUAUAGAUGUAAGUACCUUUGAUUACAUAUGCCAGUUUCUCGGCGAGUUAAUCGGCACCGCAAUGCUGGUAUUUCUCGGCUGUAUGGGAUGUUCCUAUAAUGCCAGCUUCGAACACAGCGUGUUUCAGUCGGCAUUUACGGUUGGCUUAGUAGUAAUGGUGAUCGUACAUUGUUUCGGUUGCGUUUGUGGAGCACAUUUGAAUCCCGCCAUCACAUUGGCCGUUUACAUUUACGAUAUGAUCUCACUAACAAUGGCGGGCGUUUAUUUUUUGGGACAAUUACUUGGCGCCUUUCUCGGUUACGCUCUAAUGAUGGCAUUAAUACCAGAGAGUGCCGUGAAGUUGGGCGGCGCCGAACAUGGUGUCUGCGUUGCCACACCACAUCCACAAAUUACCACAAUGCAAGGAUUCUGGAUUGAGUUCAUUCUCACUGCAAUGCUGAUAAUCACCACCUGUAGUGCGGCCGAUUCACGAAACAUUACAUUUCAAGACGCAUUGCCGAUCCGCUUCGGCUUAACCGUUACCUGCCUUAGUCUCGCGGGGGGUCAAUACACUGGUGCCAUGGUCAACCCUGUCAAAGCUGUUGCCUCAGCUGUCUGGAAUUCCGAUUACCAGGACCAUUGGAUAUACUGGGCAGCGCCAAUGCUCAGUGCAGCGGUGAGCGCCACCUUUUACAAAGUGAUUUUCAAGCGGGAUAUGGUGGAGCGGGAGCUGAACGAAAAGAGAUGACUAGGAGUAUAAACAUAUAAAAUUACGAUCUGAUUAAACGUACAUAUCUCUCGAAAAAGUUAAAGUGUGCUAGAAAAAAUUCAAAUAUUGGUGGCUAAAAAAAUGUCCGAGCGUACCGACGUGCACACUAUCAUAGAUACAUACAAACCAGCUUAUGGGCAUGUCAUUCAAGCAACGCCUUCAAACAGCAGGAAUUUCAUUCAACUUCAAUGUGUCAAAUAGCAUUCAUAUGUCAAAUGUACAUAAAUUUUUUCAUCUCCUCAAUCAAUUUGCUUCAUAAAUUCUAUAUUCUUUCAUUGUCCAUUUUCUCGAUGUAAUAAAAACAUAUACGAUAA